UUCUCCUUGAUUCUAAGCAUGAUGGAAAUGGAAGGUCAGGCCGAGGGUUCAAUUUCCAACCCAAGACAUGGGGUGUCUAUAAUAGACUUCAUCCUGAGUGUAGUUGCAGUUGUUGGUACACUUGGAAGUGCAAUUCUCAUGGCUGCUACUCAUGAAAUACUUCCUUUCUCCACAGAGUUUGUUCGAUUAGGAGCCGAGUACGAUGAUCUUCCAACAUUCACACAUAAAUUUGAACAGGUUUUUUGCGGUCGUCAAUUUCAUUGUAAGCGGCUCUCUGCUCCUCUCCCACUUUCUAUCUUCAACAUUGUGAGAAGCAAUGCAAAAUAUAAUAGAAAUAUCUUCAUCAUAUUUGACUCGGCAAUCAUGGCUCUUUUAAGUGCUGGAGCAUCAGCAGCAGCAGCAGCUAUUGUAUACUUGGCUCACAAGGGGAAUGUUAGGGCAAACUGGUUUGAUAUCUGCCAACAAUUCAAUUCUUUCUGCGAGCACAUCUAUAGCUCUUUGAUCGGAUCCUUUAUAGGAAUAGCUGCGUUCAUACUGCUUAUCUUGCUGUCCACUGUGGUCCUUUGCCAGUGA